AUGCGUUCGCUUGUUGGUCUGAUCGUUGUAAUAUUGACGGCUACUUUUUACCUUUAUCUUCUGUCCACUAAUCUCCCCCCUGGACCUCAGCUGCCUAAGAAAGAGCAUGAAGGAGAGACGAGAACAUCUAAUGAUGAGGAGGACAGCCCAAGUGGAAUGGAGACUUCAGCCUCCAGGUUGAAGUUCCCAUCAGACCUGGAUGAGCUGAAAGAGAUGGCAGAGCUGUUGCAGUUUUACAAGACCGAGCACACAGGAUAUGUGUUGUUACUCUUCUGCAGUGCCUACCUCUACAAGCAGGCUUUUGCUAUACCCGGUUCCUCUUUCUUAAACAUCUUGGCUGGGGCCUUGUUUGGGACGUGGUAUGGUCUUCUCCUCGCCUGUGUCCUCACCACAGUGGGCGCCACGCUCUGUUUCCUCCUGUCCCAGGCGUUCGGCAAACAGCACAUUGUGAGACUCUUCCCUGGCAAAGUGGCCAUGCUGCAAAAGAAGGUUGAGGAAAACAGAAGUAGCUUGUUCUUUUUCCUGUUGUUCCUGAGAUUCUUUCCCAUGAGUCCUAACUGGUUCUUAAACAUGACCUCCCCGAUACUGAAUAUUCCUGUCACUCUUUUCUUCAUGGCUGUCUUCAUUGGCCUGAUGCCAUACAACUUCAUCUGCGUCCAGACGGGAUCAAUGCUGUCUACUAUCUCCUCUCUGGACGACUUGUUCUCCUGGAGUGUGGUGUUGAAACUACUGCUUAUUGCCUGUGUUGCUCUGCUCCCUGGAGCUCUGAUCCGUAAAUACAGCACUCGGCAUCUCCAUCUGGACGGCCUUGAAACAAAUGGACUCAGUCAAGACAAGAAGAAGAACCGAUAAGGGCCUUGGCUGCUUUGUGGGUGGCUAUUUGUAUUUAAAAUCUUUUUUGUGGCCUCACAUUUUUAAAAAUGGAAAUGUAAUUUUUACAUUUCUUUACUUGGAAGACUGCUUUGGUUUUACUUGCAUGGGUUAAGUGAGAAAAUUUCUGUAUUUAUAUGUACCGGUAAUCUUGGCGGUCUUGAAUUCUGAAUCCUGCCUUUAUGUACGAGUCACAGAAUUACUCAUCUAUUGGUUUUCACUUAGUAUACAUACUGUACAUUUAUUCCAGUGCACAUCAGCUGUCUAGAACAUGCUUUUGUGGUUUAAAAUAUGUGAAAUCGUGCUGCCAAGUAAUGACAUUUGCGGUAUUUAAUAUAAUUCCUCUGUAUGUACAGACUGUAAGAACAUUUUGUAUGUGAGUUACUGUCUUUGAAAUCUCACAGCAGCCUUAAAAGUGACCUACCUCACUGAAGAGAAAUAUUUAAUAUUUUACUUUCUUGGAGUACUUCUUGGAGCUGUAAAUAUUCACUAUUGGUUUUGUUUCUCUAUGGGGACGGAUGCAGUAUGUGGAGUCCUGCCUAGUCACUCAACGGCCAACUUAAUAAUGUUGAAAUGGUGAAUUAAAGCAAAUCCUUUUCUAUGUAUCAGUGGUUUUAGCAAUGCUGGGAGCAGAAUGCAGUAUUUGUAUUCACCGAACACCCACAUCAUGUGAGUAAAGCUGUUUAUGAUGUGAUCAAUCGUCUGAUAAUGAACUCAGUCCAUUACCUUCUUCCAGAA